AUGGCGUCAGAGUCGCUCAACUCGUCCCAAGAGGACGUCCAUGGGCGCCAGCAACACUCAGUUGGAAGCAAUACCCAGCAAGCUUCUCCAGGAAAUCCAUACGCGACUCAAGCUGCUGCUGGCGCGGCAGCGGCGCGCGUACUUUUCCCGCUGGGAUACAAAGAAGGCUUCAGUCAAUGGUGGGCUCGCCUACCAGCCGCAGUUGCCGAACAUAAGGUCCUUUCUUAUCUGCCCUACUUGCAUCACCAGCCACCAACCCACCUCCAGACCGGAAACACGGCAGAAUUUCCGGACGGCGCUACCCCGAGCAGCUUGGAAACCGCAGACCAUAACCAGAAGGGUGAGGUCAGCACCAGCUCCCUCGACGAUCCGUAUGGCCCUCGUCGAUGGCGCUCUAGCAUGGUGGAAUUGAGCGGGAAAGACCGUGCGCUCAAUGAGUUCUCGGUGGAGAGAGUGGGAGAGGAAGCAGAUCAGCAUCUGGUCAUGCUCCAUGGUUACGGCGCCGGACUAGGCUUCUUCUAUAAGAACUUUGAACCUUUGAGUCGUUUGAAGGGCUGGCAACUACAUGCCUUGGAUAUGCUGGGCAUGGGCCGAAGUACUCGACCCGCAUUCAAGAUCAAGGCAAAGGAAAGAGAACAGGCCAUUAGGGAGGCCGAAGCUUGGUUCGUGGAUGCGCUAGAGGAAUGGCGCAUCAAGCGCAAGAUUGAUCGCUUCACCUUGCUCGGACACAGUCUCGGCGGGUACAUGGCGGUCGCCUACGCGCUGAAGUAUCCCGGUCAUCUCAACAAGCUCAUCCUGGCAUCUCCAGUCGGUAUUCCGGAGGACCCAUAUGCUGUCACCGCAGAUGUGGCGGAGCCAUCGCCGUCAACGCUGCCAAACGAACUUGCCCAUGACCAGCGAGAUAUCACUGCAUCAUCUGCCAUUCCGCCGACAGUACCCCCGACGACCGAUGGUAGCUUCAUCACUGGGCGACAGCCACUACCGCCCGAUGCUCCCCCUACUGCCCCGGCCCCACGACGGGCGCUCCCCAAAUGGUUCGCAUAUCUGUGGGAGGCCAAUAUCUCCCCCUUCAGCUUGGUGCGGUGGGCCGGUCCUUUGGGGCCUAGACUUGUCUCUGGAUGGACUUCUCGUCGUUUCUCUCACCUACCAGCCGAGGAAGCCAAGGCACUCCACGACUAUUCAUACUCGAUCUUCAGCCUUCGCGGUAGCGGCGAGUACGCAUUGGCUUAUGUUCUUGCUCCUGGUGCAUUUGCCCGCAGUCCUCUUAUUCACCGUAUCCACGGCCUUGGGAGACAAAUAAUCCAAAAUAAUACAAAUGUCCUCCCCGGUCCAACCUCUGCCGCCACUUCUUCAACCUCCGAGACUACACCUGCCUCCACCGCCAAUUCUUCAUCCGACGCAUCCCCACGGCGCGAGAACGGCCUUCCUGUGGUAUUCAUGUACGGCGACCAUGAUUGGAUGGAUGUCUCGGGCGGCCACGCUGCUGCUGCUCGGUUGGAAGAAGAAAAGCGAAAGGUUCUACAAAACGCUACCCCUGAAGAAAAGCGCGCCGAUGAAGGCUCGUCCAAAGUCGUCGUCGUCAAGAGAGCUGGCCAUCAUUUGUAUCUUGAUGGCUGGGAGGAGUUUAACAGCAUUGUCCUUGCCGAGAUGGAAGAGGUCAAUAAGCGGGAGCGGAAUCGUCAGUCAUGA